UUCUGAGUCUUAUUAUGAAAGGACGAGACAGGAAGUUGUUCCCGGCGUCUGUCCUACGUCACCAUGUCGCUAAACUCAUUAGCGGAGUGAAUAAUUUGACCUAAAAGGCCGGAGUUCACCGCUGGGGAGGCGCAGGAACGUUCCGGUUAGUACUUUAUUUUCUAGGGCUGAAGAGGAAGCAGCACCAUGGUUCCUGUAUUCACGCUGAAGCUGAACCACAAGAUUAACCCUCGCAUGGUGGCUGUCGGGAAGUUUGAUGGAGUCCAUCCAUGUCUGACUGCAGCCACUCAGGCUGGGAAGGUUUUCAUCCACAACCCCCACGCUCGCACCCAGAGACCUGCCUCCCACCGACUGUGUCAGAGCUCCCAGGACUCCGAUAUCUCCCUGCUCAACAUCAACCAGGCAGUGACGUGUCUCACUGCAGGAACGUUGGGGCCCAACAGCGCCGGGGACUCGCUGUUGGUGGGAUCUCAGACCAACCUGCUGGCCUACGAUGUCCAUGACAACGCAGACAUAUUUUACAGAGAGGUGACAGAUGGAGCUAACGCCAUCGUUUUGGGGAAACUGGGAGACAUCCCUUCUCCUCUCGCCAUCAUCGGAGGAAACUGCGCCCUCCAAGGCUUCAACUAUGAGGGAAACGACCACUUUUGGACGGUAACUGGAGACAACGUCAGGUCUCUGGUGCUCUGUGACUUCACUGGUGAUGGAAAAAACGAGCUCCUGGUGGGAUCUGAGGACUUUGACAUCCGGGUCUUUAAGGAGGACGAGCUGGUGUCGGAGAUGACGGAGAACGAGACGGUCACAUCCUUGUGUCACAUGCACGGCAGCAGGUUUGGCUACGCCCUGGCUAACGGCACCGUGGGCGUCUACGACCGCGCCGCUCGCUACUGGAGGAUCAAGUCCAAGAACCACGCCAUGAGCAUCCACGCCUUUGACCUGAACGCCGACGGGGUCGUGGAGCUCAUCACCGGCUGGUCCAACGGAAAGAUUGAUGCUCGGAGCGACCGAACAGGCGAGGUGAUCUUCAAGGAUAACUUCUCCUCCUCUGUCGCCGGCGUGGUGGAGGGAGACUACAGGCUGGAUGGAGAGAAGCAACUCAUCUGUGCCUCCAUAGAGGGGGAGGUUCGAGGCUACCUGCCUGCCAGUAAGGACCUGAAGGGGCACCUGAUGGACUCGAGCGCUGAGCAGGAUCUGAUCCGUGAGCUGAGCCAGCGGCGGCAGAAUCUGUUGCUGGAGCUGCGGAACUACGAGGAAAACGCUAAAGGUGUAGCUCAGACCCACAGCGGGGGGGUCAUACCAGCCAACACGCAGCUGCAGACGUCGCUGUCAGUGAGACCUGCUACGGAGGCCCAGAAGGCUCACGUGGAGCUCUGCAUUUCUACUCCCAACGAAACCAUCAUCCGUGCGGUCCUCAUCUUUGCCGAGGGAAUAUUUGAGGGUGAGAGUCACGUGGUCCAUCCCAGUGUCCACAACUUGUCUGGCUGCAUCCGCGUCCCCAUCGUCCCCCCUAAAGACAUCCCAGUGGACCUGCACAUCAAAGCGUUUGUUGGAGGCAAACCCAGCUCCCAGUUCCAUGUGUUUGAAAUCACACGCCAGCUGCCUCGUUUCUCCAUGUAUGACAUCACUGACGAGUCAUCUGCUGCUCAGCCAGCGGGACGCGUCUCCGUCUACAUCAGUGACAGACCUCAGAGGGUGGUCAUGUGGCUGAAUCAGAACUUCCUACUCCCAGAGGGCGUAGAGAGUCCGAACGUCACCUUUAACUCUCUCAGAGGAGGCGGAGCCUUGUCCUUUACCAUGGCCACUAAUGGACAGAUCACGUUGAGGACUGAUGACCUGGACCUGGCGGGGGACCUGAUCCAGUCCCUGUCCUCCUUCCUGUCUAUAGAGGACCUGGCAGCAGAAGCAGACUUCCCUUCGUACUUUGAGGAGCUGCGAGUGACUCUCACUGAGGUGGACGAGUUCCACUCCGUCCAUCAGAAGCUAACGGCUGAGAUGGCCGACCACUCCAACUACAUCAGGAACAUGUUGGUGCAAGCGGAGGACGCUCGCCUCAUGGGGGACAUGGCGUCCAUGAGGAAGCGCUACAGGGAGCUGUAUGACCUGAACAGGGAUCUGAUCAACGAGUACAAGAUCCGCUCCAACAACCACAACGCCCUGCUGGCCCGUCUCAAGUCUGUCAACCAGGCCAUCCAGCGGGCCGGCAGACUCCGCGUGGGGAAGCCCAAGAGUCAGGUGAUCGCUGCGUGUCGAGACGCCAUCAAGAGCAACAACAUCAACGCACUCUUUAGGAUCAUGAGAGCCGGCACGGCGACCUCCUGAAGCUGUAGGCUCUCGUGGACCAGAAGAACAAGUCCUGCUCAUGAAGACCUGAGAACUCGGGGGGGGGGGGGGGUUUGUUGCAGCCUUAAACUCAGCUUCGCAGCAACAUUCAGCACCAAGUCCUGAAAGACCCUGGAGUCCAAACCAGUUCUCCUGAGAUGAUUCCUCAUCCGUCUGUCGGGUUCUGAGUGAAGUAACAGCAGAACCUUCACUGGUCUGCUAGCAUCUGUAGCUUUUAGCUGAGCCUGAGGGGAGUGUUCACGUUGCACCCGUGUCUUAGAAAGUGUGGAAACCUUAGGGAACGCCGGUGUGCCCGGCCUGCUUCCUGGCUGUUUGGAGAGAACAGCCGGAUAGAGUCCGGGAGGUCUGUGUGUUUUUAUCGUUCUUGUUAUUAAACUGUGACCGUUUGUAGCUACUGGUCCACUCUGUC